AUGAAUAAAACUACUAGUCCUCUUUUAAAUUUUGUAUAUCCUUGUCUACAAAACUAUAAAAAGAGCCACUGUUUAGGGAUAGAACAUAAAAUAAAAAAAGGACUAUUUCAAAAAUUUAAAAAUAGUUCAUGGUUUUUUUGUAUCGUAUUUAAGUUCCUCCUUUUAUUUUGUAUAUUCUUUCCUACCAAAAAUGACAUCUUUAGACAACAUACCAACAGAAUAUUUAAUCAAAGAGGUAUAAAGAAUUCAAAACCUUCUAGAAUUUUAGAAGAACGUGAAUGUUUAAUGACAAAAAAUAAAUCCUUAUUAAAAAUUGAUGAGGAUAUCAAUCCACAAAGCGAAGAUCACGAUGAGAAAAAACAUAAAUUAGAAAAACGUCUAAAAGAAAUAUUAACAAAAUAUAAAAUGUAUCAAACAGAAGAAUAUAUAUCACCUAUAAAUAAAGAUGAUACAAUAAAAGAACACAAUGAACAAACAAAUAUAGAAUCAUAUGAUCAUCAUUAUAAGGAUCAAAAUGAAAAAUAUAAAUAUCAUAAUACUAUUCCUCAUGAAAUUAAUUAUUUUAAUGAUAAUCAACAAUUUAAUCAUCCAUAUAAUUUAAAUGAUAUUAAUCCUACCAAUGACAUUCAUCAAAUUAAUAAUUUCAAUUAUUCUCCAUACAAUAAUAAUUUAAAUGAUAUUUCUACAUACGAAAAGGACAACGAACAAUCCUUAGGUACAUUUAAUUCAACACAGAUUCAUAAUACAAACAAUGAACAAACAUAUUUCGAUCCAUUAUCAGAUGAACAACAAAUUAAGACGUUCUGUUCCGAAGAACAUGAAAAUAUUACAUGCUAUAAUGAAGCAUUUUUUAGAGCUUUAUCAGAUUUGAAUCAAACUAAUAAUAAUAUAUCACAAGAAUUUAAAGAUUAUAUAGACUCCUAUUUAGAACAAAAAUAUCACAUUAUGACUAAUGAUGAAUUAGAUAAAAUGAAUACAUAUAGAAUAGAUUAUAUUAAAUACAAAACUUUAUAUGAACAAUUAAUUAAAAAAUCAAAACACAUAAAAUUAUAUAAAAAAUUAAAAAUAACUUUUAAGGUAAUAUUUAUUAUGAUAACCUGUGUUAUCACAUCUGUAAUAUGUCCUACAUGCCCAGUAUCUGUUAUAUGUGCUUUAGCACUUAGCACAUAUCUUUCUUUUUUUUAA